GUCAGAGGAGCAGCGACUCACACAACCAAUCCUGUGAGGGCUAGCCGAACGAGAGGGGCAGAGGCAGAGCCCACCAAAGGAGAGGCUGUCAUUCCAGCAGAGCAGAGACCUAGCGUUGUCAUCCCAGUACCCAGGCCGCGCCCAGGCAGAGACCUAGCGUUGUUACCCCAGUACCCAGGCCGCGCCGCAGAGGAAAGGAGGAGAGGGCAGGGCUGCAGCUUUUGUUGAGACAGACGCACACUGGUGGCUUUUCUCCUCAGUCCUCUGUAAAAAAAACGGGAGUGAGUGAAGGGGGGAGGAGGCACGGAGAGGAAGACGAGAAUUAACACCAUCCAUCCUUUUUUUCUAUCUGGGAAGACUGCUGAGUGCUGCUCUUCUUCUCUCUUUUCAUUCCUAUUGUAUCUGGGAAGACUGCUGUCGUUCAGCACAGAGAUUUUCUCUUCCUUUUCAUUCCUAUUGUAUCUGGGAAGACUGCUGUUGUUCGGCACAAAUCCUCUCCAUCCCCCUCUUUGCGGCCUUUGCGUCGCCUGGACAGAGAGCGUUCCUGCUUUGUUGCCGUUCGUCUCUCAGCCCUCUAUUCGCUGAGUCAUCAUGGCAGACGUUACACCUCAGGCCGAUGCCCCGACCCCCACCACUGACAAGAUCACGCAGGCAGCCCGGGAGACCAUCUAUCUGUGUAACUUCCGCGUGUCGGUGGACGGAGAAUGGCUCUGUCUCAGGGAGCUCAACGACAUCUCUCUCACCCCAGACCCAGAGCCAGCCCACGAAGACCCGAAGGACCCUAUAGCCAUCGAGCGGUUGAACCUGAUGAACAUGGCUAAGCUGAGCAUCAAGGGUCUGAUUGAGUCGGCCCUGAACCUGGGCAGGACCUUGGACUCUGACUACGCUCCGUUACAGCAGUUCUUCGUGGUCAUGGAGCACUGCCUCAAACACGGACUCAAAACCAAGAAGACGUUCCUGGGGCAGAACAAUCCGUUGUCUUUCUGGGGGCCCUGGAGCUGGUGGAGAAAUCCGCUCCUCACCCCUGAGGCUGGCCUAGAGAUCAAACCCCUGUCACUCACCAGAACCCCGUUAGGAAGAGGGCGGGCCUGGCUGCGAUUGGCCCUGAUGCAGAAGAAGCUGUCAGACUACAUGAAGACCAUCAUCAACAGAAAGGACCUGCUCAGUGAGUUCUACGAGGCCAAUGCGCUCAUGAUGGAGGAGGAGGGAGCUGUGAUCGCUGGGCUGCUGGUUGGGUUGAACGUUAUCGAUGCCAACCUCUGUAUGAAAGGAGAAGACCUGGACUCACAGGUCGGGGUGAUAGACUUCUCCAUGUAUCUUAAGGAUGGAGGUCACAGCAGCAAGACUGUAGAAGGGGAUGGACAGAUCACAGCCAUCCUGGACCAGAAGAACUACGUUGAGGAGCUCAACAGACACCUGAGUGCUUCGGUCAACAACCUGCAGGCCAAAGUGGACACUAUGGAGAAGUCCAACACCAAGCUCACUGAAGAGCUUGCAGUAGCCAACAACAGGAUCAUCACCCUACAAGAGGAUGUAGAACGAGUCAAGGAGGAGAGCUCCUACCAGCUAGAGUCCAGUCGCAAGGCGUCGCGGUCAGGGGACGGCUUGGCAGACGGCCAGGUGCUGGGAGAGGCACGCAAACAGCUUAAGGAGGAAACUCUGCUACGAUUGGAUGUAGAGAAGGAGUUGGAGGUUCAGAUUGGUAUGAAGCAGGAAAUGGAGCUGUCUAUGAAGAUGUUAGAGACGGAUAUGUGUGAGAAACAGGAUGCUCUUGUGGAACUACGACAACAGCUGGAUGAUCUCCGGACCCUCAACCUGCAGCUAGCGCAGAAGUCCCAGAGCUCGGAGGUGAGCGCCAAGCAGAAGAGUGAGGUCAUCAGUCGCCUAGAGGAGAAGACCAAUCAGAUGGCUGGGACUAUAAAACAGCUAGAGAUCAGUGAGGAAGACUGUGUGAAGCAGGCCAGAAGCUUGAGUUCCAACGCAGAGAAACUGCUUCAGAAGCAACAGUAGUCCUCCCUCCCCUCUCCUCUGUUCCCCAGAAUGACACCCACAUCAUAGUUUGAUAAACCCUGAUCCAAAUCAGAAAAAACAAUAUUUGCAUAAUAUAGAAAUGACUUAAAGGGUUACUUCAGGAUUUUGGCAGUGAGGUCAUGUGUCUACUUCCCUAGAGUUAGAUGAACUUGUGGAUACCAUUUUGUAUGUCUCCGCGUGCAGUUUGAAGGAAGUUGCAAACUAGCGCUAGCGCAAUUGCUAACUAGCAUUAGGGCAAUGACUGGAAGUCUAUUGUAUCUGCAAUCAUGCUAACAAAUGUUAGCGCAAUGACUGGAAUGCAAUCGGGUCUGCUAGCAUAUACCAUAGACUUCCAGUCAUCGUGCUAACGCUAGUUAGCAAUUGAACCAAUGCUAGUUAGCAACUUUCUUCAAACUGCACACAGAGACAUGAAAAUGCUGUCCACGAGUUCAUCGAACUGUAGGGAAGUAGAUAAAGGACCUUAUUGCCGAAAUCCUGGACUAUCCCUUUAACUAGGUUACUUAUUUUUUGGUAUGACAUCUGUUGCGGUUCCUUUCCUUCUCUAGUGUUAAAUGACAUUUUCUUUCCUAAACCUCUACUCUCCUGACUGAUAUAGUCUCUCUGGGUUCCUCUAGCCUGGUUUUCUGUUCUUCCGUGUGUUUUUCUGUCGGUAGCAGUGCAGAGCAGCAGUCCAUUCUGCUCGCUGGGUUUCAGGACUUUAGCUUGGGUUCAUUCCGUAAGGAAUGAAGAUAUCAGAUCCCCCCCACACAUGUAAUGAAUGUUCCCUGAUACAAGACUUCGAGUUUGGGAUGUCAGCCAUUUUCGGGAAGAGAGAUGGGUGUACUGUUCUGAAAAAUGUAAAUGGAUGCUGUUGUUUCUUGUAAAUCGAUCCCCUGAAGCGCCCCCUACAGUCAAGAAUUGGCAAGAAUUUACAAAAUACCAUAAAGAUCAAUGUAUCAAAAAUAAACGACAAAAUACAUGUAUUUGUAUACAGAAAUACAUUCUCAAGUAGCCGGCCCGAACAGCAACAGCAUCCUCAGCAAUGGUGACAGAAUCGUUUUACUUGCUAUGACUGUGAUAUGUUGGUAUCUACCUUAGUUGAACUGUAAAGGCGUGUGCUUCCCUUCCCAAACACUGACGGUUCAUGCAUGUAUAUUAUGAUGACAUUUUGGAACGUUUUUUUUUCUAAAAUUGCGGGACUAGGAUGUCCUCGGUAAAAAAACGCCAAUGACGGAUUUCUUGAGUUAGCUUAGAUUCAUUCUUACUAUUUUGAGGAAGUGUAUACUGGCUACGGCGUCUUAAGAUGGACAAACAGUACUAUUGUCACUUUUUUUCUCCUCUUUUUUUCAAGCAAAGGACUUAAGGAAGUAUGCGAGCACACUAGUUUAGCCAGGCGCCAGCCAAAACCGAAGGAUGCGGAAGGCUUAAGUGACCAAAAUAUUAUGAAAAUGAACAGACCAAAAUGAACUGCAAAGCACACUGGGUAUUAUUAUUAUUAUUGGCCUUUUUUUUCUGGGGCGGAGCUCAUUCAAAUAAUACUCAGCAUGCUUUGCAAUUGUUCAUUUUUACAUAUACAUGUAUGUUUAGUUAAUUCAGCAGACGUUCUUAUCACACCGUAGUGCCAUCAGACUACUGAUACCAAUGCAGGGUGAAAAGGGGGCCACAAAAUCAUGAACCGCUAUUUGAAAAAAAAAUAAAUAAAUGUUAUAGAAAAGUAUUUUCUAUUUCUGAAAAUACGAAUGACAUCUUUCGAAAGUAUCUUGUUACAGAAUACAUUGGAGUGUCGUUCAGGAAAUACAAAUUUACAAAAUACUUAAGUAUUUGAAAUAGAUAUUUAAAAUAUAGCCCAUCUCUGCAUAGGUCCUUAGAUCAGACUAUAAGGACCGUAAAUCAAAUCAAAUCAAAUCAAAUUUUAUUUGUCACAUACACAUGGUUAGCAGAUGUUAAUGCGAGUGUAGCGAAAUGCUUGUGCUUCUAGUUCCGACAAUGCAGUAAUAACGAACAAGUAAUCUAACUAACAAUUCCAAAAAAACUACUGUCUUAUAACACAGUGUAAGGGGAUAAAGAAUAUGUACUAUAGGUAGGCUAUACCUCAGAGCCGUUUACUAUAUAGAUACAGUGGGGUCUGAAAUUAUUGACACGCUUGAAUAAGAUGAGCACUAUUUACCGUAUCAAAGAAAUCAAACUUAGCUAUAUUGUAUGCUCCAAAAAAAUGUUGGUUAUUAUUUUAUACAAAUACAAUUGCUCAGAGAAAAACAUUUAGUUUAACAAGUAAUCUAUUUUAUUUUGUGGCUAAUUAACUAUUUCUUUGUGGAUUUUGAUGUGUGCUUGGGGUUAUUGUCCUGCUGGAAGUCCCACUUGUGGUCAAGUUUCAGUCUUCUGUCAGAUGCAACCAGGUUUAUUGGCUAAAUGUCCUGGUUCUGGUCUCAUUUCAUGAUGCUAUUGAUCAGAGGAAGCAAAACAUCCCCAAAACAUCAAAGAUCCACCAUCAUGUUGUACAGUAGUUCCGGGUUUAUUUUCUGCUCGUACAUUCUCAUUUAGACACUAAACCCACCACUGGUGUGUGGCCAAGGAGCUCUGUGUUCCUGUCAUCCAACAAAUGUAAACGUUGGGAGUUUGAUAAACGGAAAUUGCACUUGGAUUGUAACCGGUGCUCUGGUCAGAGGACAUGAACAUAGAGGUUUUUCUUCCACUGGUCCUGAGGCCCUUGUUAAGGUCAAUGGCCUCAUGGAACUCUACCCGGUCUCUGGCUGUGAAACCCGCUGAAAACAUCUGAUUUGAAUUAAAAAAGGGCUGUCUGACUGUAUCCCCCAUCCCUACUGAAAACAGGGUUAAUCAUUUUGACACCUAACUUUUUUUGAGAAAAAAAAUGGAUUACUUGUUUUAAACAAAAUCUUUUUCUGAGCGAUUAAAAAAAAAAAAAAAGAGUUUAAAAUAAUAUCAAAUCAAAA